ACCCUAGCUCUUGGUCUUGGGCAUCAGAUCGGAGCGCUCUGUCUCCCUCCUCCCUCCCUCUUUCUGUGUGUCUCAUAAAACCCCAGCAGCUUCCCCCCUCUUUUGCAUCGAAUCGAUGGGCAGUAUUGCGGGCGAUCUUCGUUUCCGUUAUGAAGGUAGUAUGAUGCAUUUGACGCCUUUCCCUGUCUUAUUGGGCAUUCCGUUGGAGAUCGAAUACGUUAGUGAUAUGGAGAGCAAAGCAAAGUACAUAUUAUUGUGUGGGAAUCAGAGUGGUUUCAUUGAAUUGGCCAAGGAUAAGGUUGACGAUACGUUUUCUUGUAUCCUUGUGCACACAGAAGAGCCCGCCACGUACUGGGCGGUCGACUUUGUAAAGAAGAUGAAGGAGGAUUUGGGUCUCCCAGUGUUAGCUGUCGGGGACAGUAGUCCACUUGCGGUGAAGAGUUUUUCUCAUUUCGUAGCAGGAGGAUGCGAUAUAAAGUGGUUGGGACUCCGACCUAGUGAUCUGGAGAGCACUGGUUUGUCUGAAGGGUGUAUGCUGGUCAUGAGGAAGGCUGAUCUUGAGCUAGCGCAACAUCUGUUGGAAGAAGAUAUCGUCAAGGAGAAGCCGGAAUGGGUUAAGGAGCUAAAGAUAAUGGUCAACACCCAGCGCAAGGUAGAAAUUGAGGCAUUGUUCUCUAUUGCGUGUUAUUACAUACAUAUGUGUGUGUAUGUCAUUAACUGAUGGGACUCCUUCAUGAAAUGCAAGCCUAAACUCAUUAGGUUCUAGUGUUUUUCAUUAGUUUCCAUUCAAAUAACUUCACGUAUUUCUUCUCUGGAUGAUUAUUACAUACAUAUUGGUGCUUCCAUGAAUC